UCCUUUUCUUUUCUUCCUCUCGCCGCCUCCUCCGCUGCUCUCUGAGAGUGACCAGUAGCCUCCCACUCUUUGAGUUCUCCCUGCGCAAUGGAGGCGUAGCGAGGAGGAGGAGGGAGCUAGGGUUGUGGGCCGCCAACGCCGCCGCCGCCUCCUGCUCGUCGUCCCUCCGGCUCUGAACCCUACGGCGUGCGGCAGUGCGUCGGUAGGCUCCAAUGGGGAAGUCUCCGGCGAAGUGGAUCAAAUCCGUGCUCUUCGGGAAGAAGUCAUCCAGGUCCGGUUCUACGAAGGCGAAGGAUUUAUCGAAGGCCUCGAACAACAAAGGGUAUGCUGCUGCUGGGAAGGAGGUUGGAUUUGAGAGCUCCCCAGUGAUAUCGGAGCCGGUGCUUGUUACUCCUCACAACAAUGAGGACGUGCAGGAGGUGGGGAGGGCUGAGAAUUCCAGCUUGCAGGGUAAGGUGGUGGCGCGCGACGUGAAUCAAGAUUUGGAGAAGCAAAAUACAGCCGUGUCUGGUGCAUCCAAUGAUCCUGAGAGGUUGAGAGAAGAGCAAGCGGCCGUCAAGGCACAAGCUGCCUUCCGAGGUUAUCUGGCACGUCGGGCAUUCCGUGCAUUGAAAGGAAUCAUAAGACUUCAAGCCCUGAUUCGUGGGCAUCUUGUAAGGAGGCAAGCUGUUGCAACUCUUCACGCAACAUGGUUGAUUGUGAAAUUUCAAGCACUUGUCCGUGGUAGAAAUGCCAGACUUUCUACUGAAAAUCAAAUCGACUGGAAGCUUGUGCAACAAAAGUCCGCGGGCGGUAAAUUGGAUGCGUGGAAGUCAAAAUUAUCUUCAAAUGCAUUUGCUCGUAAGCUUUUAGCGUCACCAAUUCUGGUAGAGGCUCUCCAUUUUCAGUAUGAUGAGAUCGAUCCAAAUUCAGCUUUCAACUGGUUGGAGAGAUGGACCAUAGGUCGUGUCUGGAGGCCCAUUUCACAUCCAAAGAGAGCUGCUGUUGCUGAUGCCAAGCCACACACAAGGAAGGCCAGUUAUGCAAUGGAAACAGAGUCCGGGAAGUUGAAGCGUAAUUCUCGGAAGAGCUCUGCCGCACCAGUUGAGCCCCCUCAGACAACUAUGGCCAUAGAAACUGAAAAAUCCAGACGAAACCCAAGGAAAUUCACUAGCUCUGCGGCUGAUUCGGUUCCUGAUAGCCAGUUAACUGAACUUGAGAAGGUUAAACGUAACCUUAGGAAGGUAACUAAUUCUAUGGCUGAAGCAUCAAAGGUAUCUACUCCUGCAGGUGAAAUUCCUGAACGUCAAGAGGUCCAAUGUGAAAAACCGCUGCGAAAUGCGCAAGAAGUUCCAAAUUAUCCUGAGAUCCAAGAACCUCACAGUGGUAAUCUGUUGGAAGAUGCUAAGGCAGAUAUCCUGGUACCGAAUGUUCAACCUGAACCAGAGGUUACUACUUAUCAAGUUGCACCUGAAGAAAAAGUUGCUGAACCAACUGUUGCUGCACCUGCAGUCGAAAUUAUGCCGCUGCAGGAUAUUCACAAUGAAGAAAAUGCUUUAGUAGAUGAUAUGGAACAGCGAUCCAAAGAAGAACCUCUUUCGACUGAGAGCCUUAAAAGCAACAAGAGGAGGUCUUCAUUCUCAACCAAGAUAGAAUAUCCAGAAAAUGGUUCAAAAAAUUCACCUGCUGUUCCUAGUUACAUGGCUGCAACAGAAUCUGCAAAGGCAAAACUGCGGGGACAGAAUUCACCUAGACUUAGUUCUGACUCUGCGGAGAAAAAUGGUUUCACCAGGCGCCAUUCCCUCCCAUCCUCAAAUGGUAAGUUAAACUCACACUCGCCGCGUACGCAAAGGCCGACCCAUGCUGGUGGCAAAGAGGGAGUGAAGGCUGACAAGUCUAUGCUGUCAUCAAGAGAUGCAAGUGAAAGACCAACCAAAGCUGAAUGGAGACGCUGACAGGCAAUCGAUCGAGCACCAAAUCCUCCUGUUAGGUUGCUCAACAUUCGGGGGGAUGAUUAUGGUGAUGUCUUCUGCAGUUUGAUCCAAUUGUUUUUUUUUGCUUCUGAUGAUGUAAAAAAAGAUGUUCUCCCCAUCCGUGACAGUGAACCAGCUGCUUUGUCGUGGUUUGUAUCUGGUGCGAUUUGACUUAUUUCUAUAGGGUUUUUUUGCGUCCUUGCCUUUGUGAUGUAUAGCUGAAGCAUUUCUGGUUUGCUUUUGGUUUCCCUGCCUCCUCGAGACACCCUGCCUGCUUUUGUUGAGCAAGAGAGCUGCUGAUGUUAGAGAGAACUUGUUGGAUUGAACAAUCUUAUCAUCCCAUUUGGACAUCUCUUCUGCCUUUGUUUUACUGACCAGCGAGUGCCAUUCCA